CUCCUUCGUCUUCUUCGAUUUUUUGCACCCAUCCGGCCACGGUAAAAUAACAAAUUAAAGACGAUGGCCGAAGUCAAUAUUGGUGAUGGCAAAGAUGUAAUCAUCACAUGUCACUAGAAUUUUUUAUUCUAAAAUUUUGAAGGAUUGAUAUGGAAAUUGGAUAUCUUGAUCGGAAAUGUCAGAGACAACUGAAAAUGAAUCUCUCUCUGAAAAGGUGAAAUCCCUCAACAAGGAGCUAGGGAUACUUAAGUCCAAAGAAGCAGUGGACAAGCUUCUUGAAACGACCAAACAUAAGGGUCGUGAAGGACUUGGGUUUGACCCCUCCAGUUCCAAAAGAAAAGGGAGAACAACUUUCAUCCCUCCUAAACCUACUGCCAAACCAAAUAAGCAGAAAGGAAAGGAAAAGGAGAAACCAACAGAAGUUCCCAAAAAGGAAGCCGCUAAGUACCCAGGUGUCUGGUACUUAGACAGUGGUUGUUCAAGACACAUGACGGGUGAUGCGAGCCUUUUGAGCAAUCUAAUUCCCUAUGAUGGUCCAAGAGUUACCUUUGGAGGAAGCAAUGAUUUCGACCUUACUAAAGGGCUAGGAAAUCUGGUGUACAAGGGACUAACCAUCCAAGCUGUAUCUUAUGUUGAAGGUCUCAAUUAUAACCUUCUUAGCAUAAGUCCGUUUUGUGAUAAAGGUUACUCUUUGGAAUUUUGCAAGGACAUGGCAUCCCUCAAGAACAUCUCCACAAAUAAAGUUAUUCUCACUGGGAAGAGAAUCAGGAACAUCUAUGAAGUGAUGUGGGACGAUGUCAAGGAAGCAUGCCUAAUCAGCAAAGACAAGGAUGAAGAAGUCAAUGAAGGAGAUAGAAUGAAACCUACGGAGUUCAUUCCAUUCAGAAGUCUACCACUGAAGACUUCACAGAGAAAUCCGGAUUCAGACAGUGCUGAGCCUUUCGGAAACUAUCUGGAGAUGAUAGCCGCUCAAGAACUCUCCGAAUUUCUUCAAAUGGAGAUUCGCCUCAAAUUUGAAGAAGAAGUUCUUGAAUUCUACAGAAAUGGAGAGGUCAAGACUGCUCAUUCAAAGAAGGACCCACAGAAUACGUUUCCAGUCAUCAAGUCCACUGUUGGAGCGAAGAAAGCAGAUCUGAACAACGACUACAAGUUAGUUUUAGAACUGGUCAUCGCUUGCCUCGAGUGUGGAAGCGGAGGUCAUGCCGAUGACAUCACGCAGGAGAGAGCCUUCAUCAUCAACGCUCUAAUUACCCAAUCUAAGGUAAAUUGGGUUGCACACUUCUUUAAAUCCAUCUCAAAACAUCUGGGAAAGCACAAUCAGAAGUACCUUUGUCAAGGUCUCUACAUUGGACAUGUUUUGGAGUCUAUGGGUGCUGCUUCUAAAGGAAAGAAGUAUGAAGAAAGAUAUUGGUUAAACUAUUUGUCUUCAAAAGGGGAAAACAGAACUGGUGCUAGUGUCACUGCAGAGGAAAGCUCAUCAGAUAAUGUCCCACUCAUCCAUAUGGCGAAGACUGCCAAAAGGAAGCAAGUGGUGUCUCCCUCCAUUAGUGUUGAAGCACCACAGAACCUUGCUCUGGUCAAUGUGGAAGAAGCAGAAGAAGUCUCUGUGCAAGGAGAACUUCAAAGGAAGAAGAAGAGGAAACUCUGCUCUCCCUCAACAUCUGGAUAUGUCAACUCGGAUAAGUUGAAGGAGAAGGAACCUGCUGAGGAAACCUCUGCCCACAACUGGAGUCCUCAACAACUUGAAGAAGAAAUCCCUCAAGUCCAAAGCCUUCCAACCUCCUUACCUCAACCUCAAAUGGAUGAUGCUGAUAACCAAUUCUGGCAGCUCUACUAUGAUUGGAGAGCAUGGAAAGUUGGAAAUUCAGCAGAGCAACUGAUGGAUUGGGACCAACAGCUGAAGAAUGAGAAGAUCAUCAAGAAAUGCUUAGGAAUACCAGUCAACCAUAGCUGUGAAGAAAUCUUGGAUGACUACUGGGUAUGGCAAAGGAACCAUGAAGACCUGCAUCUGGAAUACCUAGCCAACUCACCAAUUUCAGAAUUUGAAGUAGAUGAUGAAGAUCCUUCAGUCUACAAACCAGUCUUCUCUAAAGCCAUAGAAGAACAUGUGGUUCUCACUUCUGAAGCACAAGCUGUUUUGGAAGCAACAGCUGAGGACUUCCAUACAUUUUCGGAAACCUCACCUGCCUUUGAAACGGAAACCUCACCUGCUCUUCAGGAAAUCUCACAUGCUUCUAAAAUGGUUCUGACUGAAGCUGUCCAAGAGAAGGCAGCCUCUCCCCCACAAGAACAAAACCUGAAAACAGCAGAAAAAGAAGAAUCUCAGCAACUAAUCCAAUCUCAAGCUUUAGAGAUUCUCACAACUUCUUGUGAGAUCUCCAAUCACACUGGAAUUGAGAUCCCGGAGAAGUCAGCAGAAAUUCUGGAACAGUCAACUUUUCCAGAUACAAAUGAAGAGGAGCAAGCUGUAGAAGUCCAAAGGAAUUCUAGAGAAGCUGAGAAGGAAACUCAAAUGGCAGAACUGGAGUUCUCUAAAACUCCAAUAGCCAUUCUUGAAGAACAAAAUGAAGCUGAAGAUAGUGAUUCCCUCUCUAGAUAUAUAUCGAAUUUUGUGCUUGAUGAAGCAGAAGGAGAAUCUGAGAGAACAUUAAAGAUCACUGAUGAAGAAGAUGUACAAGAAGAUGCUGAAUCUCUUCCUAUGCAACUGUUUCAAAGAACACCCUCUUCUCACCAGGUAACCAACUUUCAUUUCCAUAGCUCUUCCACCCCUACACUUCCGGAUGAAAUACCGGAACUCUGGACGAAGAAGGUCCAAGGGUUGAUUGAAUCAGCCCUAGCAUCUCAACAUGCCUCCUUUAGGCAAGAGAUAGAGCAAAUGGAAGCCAGGUACACCAAGCUGAUAGAGAAAUCUGAAGAGAAACACAACGCAGAUCUCAAAGAUAUAAGCAAGUCAGUGCACAAGACUCUAGAGAUCAUCUCUCUAUUGAGCAAAACUGUGAGCAACACGAUGGAGAUAUAUGCAUCUGACAGUCAUCUUCAACUCAAGGAGAUUAACAAAGUCAAAGAGCAAAUAGCUAAUAUCACCGUCAGCCUACAAAAGCAAAUGUCUCUUCUCCAAAUGGACAUCAGAUCAGCUCUAGCAGUAUCUUCAGCAAAUCAAGUAGUGACCAAAGACUACUUGAAGGUGAUCAUUGACAAUCAGAAGGAAGCACAUAAACUGUUCAGACUUCUUGGCGCAAAGUCUGGAAAUCGCAAGAUGGAAGUGAUUCUUCAACAACAUAGUCCAUCCUUGAUACCAGAACUCCCCAUUGCAGUCAAAGAAGGAGAAGUCUCUUAUAUCCCUUCUCAUCUGAACAUGACUAAUCUAAUCCUUGAAGCACAGCAAAGAAAUCCGGAGAACUCAGCGCAGCACCUAUCCAGCUCAGGAUUGGAUGGAACAGAGGCUAUAGGAACUGUUGCUGCUCACUUCUCAAAUGAUAACCAAACAGAGGAGAGACGCAACAAUAUAAGGCGCAUCAAAGAACUUUGUGGCAACAUGCAAGGUAUCAGUGAGGCUGCCGGAUCUUCAAAACGCAAAAGGAACUGAAGGUUCUUUUCAUCAAACCAGGGGGAAAGUUACACACACAAUAAAUAUUUUUUUUAAUGAAUUACAAACGUUUAU